UACUUUUGCUUCACUGAGAGAGGAGUCAUUCUUUGUUCCUAGAAAAUAUUUGAUAAAAUUCACCUUCCCUCCUAUUGUUUACUCGAUACUGAUCGAGUUUCGUUGCUCACAUAUUUCCUGUAACAUUAGCCUUUGUCCUCGCAUCUAUAUAAUAUCAUCGUCAUAUAUUACUGAUUGCUUUGUUUGCAAUUCUUCAAGACGCGACGAUCUUCGUUUACAAGAACGAAAUGGAAGAAGUCCAAAGCAAACAAAAUGGAUCUAGCAAAUCUGUUGAUGAGCGAGAUGCUUCCGGAAGCUCGAGUUCUGUCUACCAAGAAAAAGUGGCUGUUGCACCUACAUCGAAAGAUGCAACUCAUUACCGGAUGAGUAGCAACAUGAGAGGUCAUGCUGUGAUAUUCAAUCACGAGCACUUCAAAAUAUCUGGCCUGAAUUCUCGGAGUGGAACGCAGAUGGAUUGUCUCAACUUGGAGUCUAUGAUGAAAGAGUUGGGAUUUUUAGUAACAGUCUGUGAGAAUUAUGAAUUCAAUCAAAUCAAAAUGAAGAUUACCGAAUUGGCAAGAGAAGAUCAUACAAAUUAUGAUUGUCUGAUGAUUAUUGUCUUAUCACACGGUGAACACGGUAUGCUUUACGCUAAGGAUGUUAUCUAUAAACCAGAGCUCCUGUGGACUCCAUUUGUUGCUGAUCUAUGUCCAACAUUGGCUGGUAAACCCAAGUUGUUUUUCUUCCAAGCUUGCCAAGGUGAUAAACUGGAUAGUGGUAUUCACAUGAUAAGGACUGAGACUGAUGGACAACCCCCGAACCAUUUCAGGAUUCCAUCUCAGGCCGAUUUUCUCUUUGCCUAUUCAACAGUUCCAGGUUAUUAUUCUUGGCGCAACACGACUCGCGGUUCUUGGUACAUGCAGGCCCUUUGCGAGGAGCUGAAAGAGAGCGCCCACAAGUACGACCUCCUCACCAUACUGACGUUCGUCAAUCGUCGCGUCGCCGUCGAUUACGAGAGCAACGUUCCUGACAAAGUUCAUAUGCACAAGCAGAAGCAAAUUCCUUGUGUAACCAGCAUGUUGACCCGUUUAGUUCAGUUCAACCAGCUAGGAUCUAAUGUGACAAUCGAUUGUAACCGAGAAAACGACGCUAAAACUGCCGAUAGUUCUAAGAGUAAAAGGAAUUUUUUCACUUCCAUGUUCGGCACGAAAAAGAACUACAGGGUCAAUUAACCCGAAAAAGCCGUGUGUUUUUUUUAAACAAAUUAUAUAUUUAAACUAAGAUUUUAAAACUAUUUAAUAUUUUAUAUAUGAUAUUGCAUUUCACUAUGAAAAAUGCCGUUUUUCUUGAUCUCUUUAUAAUAUACAAAUUUAAUACUUCAAAGAAAUUGUGAUGGACUUUUGUAACUUAAUUAUUAUUAAUUUUUUUUUAAAUGAAACAAUUGCCAUUUCAGUGUAGAUGACAUUGAUGUUAGAACAAAAUAUUACCAUAUAAUUUAGAUAUAAUUGUAUUUGUUCCAUUAAAGGAUUGCCGACGAAGAUUGUUAUAUAUUUUUGUACAAUGUUUGUUUUUUUUUUUCCAUUGACUAUUUUGUAUUGAUCUUGUUAUUGGAAAUCCAUUAUAUAUACACUUUUUUUUAUACAUAUUUACUUACUUUAUAUAUCUAUGUUGA